UAAUUUGGAGCAGAAAUAUUUAUUUGGGUGGCUCGGACUAUUAUCAUCCGCGCUCCGUUCGCCUCCUAUUUCGAUUCCUCUCUUCUCAUUCAUUUUCUCCGAAUUUCUUCAUCCGAUCACCGUAGCUUAUCCCAUAUUUAUGAAGGUUGAUUCAAUCAAAUCGCCGGAUUUGGUCGCGAUUCUUUUAUUAUAAGGUUUAUUACAAGCAAUUUCAUUUGAGGAAUCUACAAUAGUAAAUAUAUACAUAUAUAUGUUUAUAUAUUGUUAGAAAAUGGAAGAAGAGGAAACAAAAAACCAUAAAGAAAUUUCUGGUGAUGACUUUGUGCCACAAAAGGAAGGCACCAGUCUAGAUGAUAAUAUAGGAAUAUCUAAAGCUGCAGAUUUGGAAACAGAUGUUAGUCAUGCCGACAAUGUGGGUGGUGGUACAGAUUUAGAGGGAAUAAAUCCAGCCUCUCCUAUUUUAGACGAUGAUCUUUUUGAGCAUGUUCCGCUGAAAGAUAAGGAAAAAAUAGGUAUUGAAACAAAUCAGUCUCCAGGUCCUGAUGAUAUCAGACAUUCAUCUACUGGUAGUGAGGAAACAUUUGAAUUUUCCUUUCCAAAUGUUCCGUCAUCUGGUAUUGAUUCUCCACCGGAUGUAGGACUUGAUGGUCUCCGCUCAAGCUUUGGAGCUGAGAAUGAUUCCAACUAUGACAUCAAUGAGUCCCUGUCUUCAUCUAGUCUUGAUGCUUUGCAUUCGUAUGGAGAUUUUGGAUACUCUGCCGAUUCACCUCAAAAGCCAAAGUCCAAACAGUUUUCGCCUACUGGGUCUCCAGAGCUUUUGCAUUUAGUAGAUUCAGCAAUAAUGGGGAAGCCAGAAAGUUUGGAAAAGCUGAAGAAUGUUGUUAGUGGUCUUGAGAGGUUUGGAGGAAAUAAUGAUGCAGUUGCUAUGGCUUACUUAGUAGUUGAUUCACUUCUUGCUACCAUGGGAGGAGUUGAGUCUUUUGAAGAGAAUUUGGAUGAUAAUCCGCCCAGUGUGAUGCUGAACUCUAGGGCUGCAAUAGUGGCUGGUGAGCUCAUUCCCUGGCUUCCUGACAUGGGAGAUUUUGAUGGUUUCAUGUCUCCUAAGACUAAGAUGGCGAGAGGACUGCUAGCUAUCUUGCGUGCUUGCACUAGAAAUAGAGCAAUGUGCUCCAUGGCUGGUUUGUUGGGGGUAUUACUUCGGUCUGCUGAGAGGAUGUUUGUUCAGGAUAUCUGUUCGACAGAGAAAAUGAAAUGGGAUGGCACUCCUCUCUGCUACUGUAUUCAGUACUUAGCUGGGCAUUCGCUUAGUCCACGAGAUCUGCACUAUUGGCUUCAAGUAAUUAACAGAAUUCUCAGGACAGUCUGGGCAUCUCGUUUAAUGCACUCACUAGAGAAAGCAAUGGCUGAAAAAGAGGUCUUGGGUCCAGCAAUUACUUUUGAGUUUGAUGGUGAGAGUUCGGGUCUGCUGGGCCCAGGUGAAAGCAGGUGGCCUUUCACCAAUGGAUAUGCAUUUGCUACUUGGAUCUACAUUGAAUCGUUUGCUGACAACAUAAGUACAGCAACUACUGCAGCUGCAAUUGCAAUGGCUGCUGCUGCCACAUCCGGGAAGUCAUCCCCUAUGUCAGCUGCUGCAGCUGCUAGUGCACUAGCUGGUGAAGGCACAGCACACAUGCCUCGUCUAUUCAGUUUCCUAUCUGCUGACAAUCAAGGGAUGGAAGCAUAUUUUCAUGCUCAAUUUCUGGUUGUUGAAUGUGGAAGUGGGAAGGGAAGGAAAGCUUCACUGCAUUUUACUCAUGCUUUCAAGCCGCAGUGCUGGUAUUUUAUUGGCCUUGAACAUACUGUCAAACAGGGUCUCCUCGGUAAAGCAGAAAGUGAGCUGAGGCUGUACAUUGAUGGUUCCUUGUAUGAAAGUCGUCCGUUUGAUUUGCCAAGAAUUUCGAAGCCUCUUGCAUUUUGCUGCAUUGGCACAAAUCCUCCUCCAACUAUGGCUGGAUUACAACGCCGUCGCCGCCAGUGUCCUUUGUUUGCUGAGAUGGGACCUGUAUAUAUAUUUAAGGAACCGAUUGGGCCAGAAAGGAUGGCACUUUUGGCUUAUAGAGGAGGCGAUGUGCUGCCUUCAUUUGGAACUGCUGCUGGAUCCCCAUGGCUGGCAACAACCAAUCAUGUCCAUAAUAUGGCACGGGACAGUGCACUUCUAGAUGCUGAAAUUGCUGGAUGUCUUCAUCUGCUAUACCAUCCUAAUUUGCUCAGUGGCCGUUUCUGUCCGGAUGCUUCUCCUUCUGGUGCAGCAGGUACCCUCCGGAGGCCGGCAGAGGUUCUUGGUCAAGUGCAUGUUGCUACAAGAAUGCGGCCAACAGAAGCUUUAUGGGCCUUAGCUCAUGGAGGCCCCAUCUUCUUGCUGCCUUUGGUAGUUGGCAGUGUGCAUGAGCAUAGCCUUCAGCCACGGAAAAGUGACCUUUCUUUGUCCUUAGCCACAACUGCCCUUGCAGCUCCUGUAUUCAGAAUCAUAUCUUUGGCUAUUAGGCACCCUGGAAACAAUGAAGAGUUUUGUCGAAGAAGAGGCCCUGAAAUACUAUCGCGAAUUUUGAAUUAUCUCCUCCAAACUUUAUCUUCACUUAAAUGUGCAAAGCGUGAUGGUCACGAGGAACUCGUUGCUGCUAUUGUCUCCUUAUGCCAGUCCCAGAAGUUCAAUCAUGCGCUUAAAGUGCAGCUCUUUAGUACGCUGCUUCUUGAUCUGAAAAUUUGGAGAUUAUGCAGCUAUGGACUGCAAAAAAAGCUUUUAUCAUCACUUGCAGACAUGGUUUUCACUGAGUCAGCGGUGAUGCGAGAUGCUAAUGCUAUCCAGAUGCUCCUAGAUGGUUGCAGACGAUGCUAUUGGACUGUCCGUGAAACUGACUCUGUUAAUACAUUUUAUAUGAGUGAGGAUGCUCGUCUUGUUGGCGAAGUGAAUGCAUUAGUAGAUGAACUUUUAGUGGUUAUUGAGCUAUUAGUAUUGGCGGCUCCACCGUCCUUGGCUGCAGACGACAUCCGCUGUUUGUUGGGUUUCAUGGUUGACUGUCCCCAAUCAAAUCAGGUUGCUAGGGUGCUGCAUUUGAUCUACCGGCUUGUGGUUCAACCAAACACAUCCCGGGCUCAAAGCUUUGCUGAGGCAUUUAUAUCAUGUGGUGGCAUGGAGACCCUUCUUGUUCUGUUGCAGCGUGAAACGAAAUCUGGAGACCGUGAUGUCUCACAAUUGUUGGCAGAACAUGAUAAGGGUUUAUCAUCAGCCAAAACAGAUGAAGAUAAUAAUCAAGGUGAUGAGAAAUCUUUGGAGAGAAAAGAUUUGAGUUUACAGGAGAAUGCUUCUGAACUCGAGAAUUUUGAUGGUCCUACAGUAUCUAACACUGAGAGGGUAUCGUCCAUCUCUGGAAAUCCAUUACCUAGAAACUUGGGUGGUAUAAGUUACUUAAUAAGUGCUGAAAAUGCAAGGAAUAAUGUGUAUAAUGCUGACAAAAGUGACGGUAUAAUCGUACGGAUUAUUAAUCUCUUGGGUGCUUUGGUAAUAUCUGGACAUUUGAAAUUCGAUUCACCUGCUCCUUUGGAUGUGACAAGCAACCUUCUUGGUUUGCUUGAGGCAGGAGGUACCAUGUUUGACGACAAGGUUUCUCUUCUUCUUUUUGGUUUACAAAAGGCUUUCCAAGCUGCACCUAACCGGCUUUUGACUUGCAACGCGUACAAGGCUUUAUUGGCUGCCUCAAUAAAUGUGUCUUCAACAGAGGAUGGCCUUAACUUCCAUGAUCCAGGUCACCGCUUUGAGCACUUGCAGAUCUUGUUGGUUCUUCUUCGUUCUCUUCCAUAUGCAUCGACAGCAUUGCAAAGUCGAGCACUUCAGGAUCUUCUGAUUUUGGCUUGCGGUCAUCCAGAAAAUAGAAGCAGCCUAACAAGCAUGGAAGAAUGGCCAGAGUGGAUCUUGGAGAUUCUCAUAUCAAAUCAUGAGAAAGGUGGAAGUAAAAACGGAAAUCUUUCCAGCUUGAGGGAUGUAGAAGACUUCAUACAUAAUUUCUUGAUAAUAUUAUUAGAACAUUCAAUGCGCCAGAAGGAUGGAUGGAAGGAUAUUGAAGCUACAAUUCAUUGUGCAGAAUGGCUGUGUAUGGUGGGUGGUUCUAGCACUGGAGAUCUAAGGAUCAGACGGGAAGAAUCAUUGCCCAUCUUCAAAAGAAGGCUUCUAGGUAGCUUGUUGGACUUUGCUGCUAGAGAAUUACAGAAUCAGACUCAAGUUAUUGCUGCAGCGGCUGCUGGUGUGGCAGCAGGAGGAUUGACACCUAAGGCUGCAAAGAUUGAAGCAGAGAAUGCUGCUCAGCUUUCUGUUGCUUUGGUUGAGAAUGCAAUUGUGAUCUUGAUGCUUGUCGAGGACCAUUUACGGUUGCAAAGCAAACUGUACAGUGCUUCAUCUACUUCUGCAACUCCACUUUCAAGUGUAUUUAAUCUGGGUGGUCGCUCGUCAACUGCAACACGUGGAGAAACUUCAGAUCCGACGGCAUCUCAAAAUUCAUCAACUACUGAUUCUGGACGACCCUCUCUCAAUGUUCUUGCUCCGAUGGCGGAUGGUAAUGGGCAAAUUUCACCAGCUGUAAUGGAACGAUUGACGGCUGCAGUGGCAGCAGAACCUUAUAAUUCAGUUUCCUCUGCUUUUGUGUCAUAUGGGAGCUGUGUCCUAGAUUUGGCAGAAGGAUGGAAAUACAGAAGUCGGUUGUGGUAUGGUGUUGGACUUCCUCCGGCAACAUCUGAAUUUGGUGGAGGUGGCAGUGGUUGGGAGUCCUGGAAAUCGGCGUUAGAGAAGGAUGCUAAUGGAAACUGGAUUGAACUUCCACUAAUAAAGAAGUCAGUUGCAAUGCUUCAAGCUUUGCUGUUAGAUGAGUCUGGACUUGGUGGUGGUCUGGGUAUUGGUGGAGGAUCUGGUACUGGAAUGGGAGGCAUGGCAGCUCUUUACCAUUUAUUGGAUAGUGACCAACCCUUCUUUUGUAUGCUUCGGAUGGUGCUUGCUUCAUUAAGGGAAGAUGAUGAUGGUGAAGAUCACAUGCUAAUGAGGCAUGUCAGUACUGAAGACAGGUCAAUGGAGGGUUUCCAUCGAAAAACUACCAGCACCGUGUCGUUUGAGACAAACACUAGAAUGCCAAGUAGGAAACCACGAUCAGCUUUGCUUUGGAGCGUGUUGUCUCCAAUCUUGAACAUGCCAAUAUCUGAGAUGAAGAGGCAGCGAGUGCUGGUUACAUCUUGUGUCCUAUAUUCAGAGGUGUGGCAUGCAAUUGGAAAGGACCGAAGUCCUCUACGUAAACAAUAUCUGGAGGGCAUCCUACCUCCUUUUGUUGCUGUAUUAAGAAGGUGGCGGCCUCUUUUGGCAGGAAUUCAUGAACUUGCUACUGCAGAUGGUGCUAAUCCCCUUGUUCUUGAUGAUCGUGCUCUGGCAGCAGAUGCUCUACCUAUUGAGGCUGCUCUUGCUAUGCUAUCUCCUAGUUGGGCUGCUUCUUUUGCCUCACCCCCCGCUGCUAUGGCAUUAUCAAUGAUUGCUGCCGGUGCUGCUGGUGGAGAAACCACUGCUCCUCCAACUGCCUCACAUCUUCGGCGUGACUCAUCAUUGCUUGAGCGGAAAACGAAUAAGCUUCAUACUUUUUCAAGUUUCCAGAAACCGCUGGAGACACUUAGCAAAUCUCAGCCUAUUCCAAAGGACAAAGCUGCUGCAAAAGCAGCUGCGUUGGCUGCUGCCAGAGACCUCCAGCGUAAUUCAAAAAUUGGAUCAGGACGAGGUCUCAGUGCUGUGGCAAUGGCUACAUCUGCGCAGCGUCGGAGUAAAAGUGAUUCUGAACGAGUGAAAAGAUGGAAUGUUUCUGAAGCCAUGGGAACUGCCUGGAUGGAAUGCUUACAAUCAGUGGAUUCAAAAUCUGUAUAUGGGAAGGACUUGAAUGCUCUUUCCUACAAGUAUAUUGCUGUUCUCGUUGGAAGUUUAGCUUUGGCUAGAAACAUGCAGCGAUCUGAGGUUGACAGAAGGUCACAAGCUGAUAUAAUAUCUCAGCACCGGUUAUUUAUUGGAAUACGUGAAUGGCGCAAGCUUAUCCACUGCUUGAUAGAGAUGAAAUGUCUCUUUGGUCCAUUUAGUGACGAUUUAUGCAAACCUAAGCAUGUUUUCUGGAAGCUAGAUUUCAUGGAAACUUCUUCGAGAAUGAGAAGAAUUUUGCGGAGGAACUAUCAAGGCUCAGAUCACCAUGGUGCUGCUGCAAAUUAUGAAGACCAUAUGGAGCAGAAACAGGAAAAACCUGAAGCUGCAAGUCCAUCUAAUGCUUCUAUCCUGGCCGUAGAAGCCAUUUCAUCUGAUUUGGGAAAUGAGGAGGAUGAGCAGGACAUGGCCUAUUUGGAUGCUAGAGCAAGUGGUGAACUGCCUGCUGAUAUUCAGAGAAUAUCAUCUGGAGGCGGUGAGCAUUCACUGAAGUCAGGGGAGUCUUUGGAAGUACCAGUUACUGAUAGCCUAGACUCAGAACCUGUUCCAGCAUUGGUUGCCCCUGGCUAUGUCCCAUUUGAGCAUAAUGAAAGGAUUGUUCUUGAGCUUCCAUCAUCAAUGGUUCGUCCAUUAAAGGUCCUAAAAGGCACUUUUCAAAUAACGACCAGGAGAAUCAAUUUUAUUAUUGAUCGCAUGGACAGUAGUGCUAUGACAGAUGCGGACAGCAAAGGUUAUAAUGAAGUUCAAGAAAAGGAUCGAAGCUGGUUGAUAUCGUCACUUCACCAAGUAUACAGCAGAAGAUAUCUGUUGAGAAGAAGUGCACUUGAGCUGUUCAUGGUUGACAGGUCAAAUUACUUUUUUGAUUUUGGGAGCACUGAGGGACGCAGAAAUGCGUAUCGGGCUAUUGUCCAAGCCCGUCCUCCUCAUUUGAACAAUAUCUACCUAGCUACUCAGAGACCUGAACAGCUUCUAAGGAGAACUCAACUGAUGGAGCGCUGGGCUAGGUGGGAGAUCAGCAAUUUUGAAUACUUGAUGCAGCUUAAUACAUUGGCUGGGCGCAGCUAUAAUGAUAUUACACAGUAUCCUGUAUUCCCGUGGAUUCUUUCUGAUUACAGCUCACAGAACUUAGAUCUUUCAAAUCCUUCUUCUUUCAGAGACCUCUCAAAGCCAAUUGGUGCCCUGAAUUCUGAGAGAUUACAUAAAUUCCAAGAGAGAUACUCCAGCUUUGAGGAUCCAGUCAUUCCCAGAUUCCAUUAUGGCUCACAUUAUUCAACAGCUGGAACAGUAUUGUAUUACCUCACUAGAAUAGAACCUUUUACAACCCUUUCUAUUCAACUUCAAGGCGGCAAGUUUGAUCAUGCUGACAGAAUGUUCUCAGACAUUGCUGCAACUUGGAAUGGAGUUCUUGAGGACAUGAGUGACGUAAAGGAAUUGGUUCCGGAGCUAUUUUAUCUUCCAGAGGUUCUAACCAAUGAAAACUCAAUUGACUUUGGUACAACACAACUUGGCGAAAAGCUUGGCCCAGUUCGGCUUCCCCCUUGGGCCGAAAAUCCAGUUGACUUUGUCCAUAAACAUCGAAUGGCACUUGAGAGUGAGCAUGUCUCAGAACAUUUGCAUGAAUGGAUUGAUCUCAUAUUUGGGUGCAAGCAACGUGGAAAAGAAGCUAUACAGGCAAAUAAUGUUUUCUUUUAUAUUACAUAUGAAGGAACUGUAGACAUUGAUAAGAUAUCGGACCCAGUACAACAGCGUGCUACCCAAGAUCAGAUUGCUUACUUUGGCCAAACCCCUUCACAACUUCUGACAGUGCCUCACAUGAAAAGGAUGCAGCUGGCAGAUGUCCUUCAGAUGCAGACCAUUUUCAGGAAUCCCUCAGAGCUUAAGCCUUACAUGGUUCCCUUUCCUGAACGCUGCAAUCUGCCUGCUGCCGCCAUUCAUGCAUCUUCCGACUCUCUUAUAAUUGUUGACACCAAUGCUCCAGCGGCACAUAUAGCACAACAUAAGUGGCAACCAAACACACCUGAUGGCCAGGGGACACCUUUCCUUCUUCAGCAUGGAAAGCCUGGUACAGGUGCUGCUGGUGGAACUUUUAUGCGAAUGUUCAAAACCCCAACUCCAUCUGAGUCGGAAGAGUGGAAUUUUCCUCAAGCACUAGCAUUUCCAAGUUCUGGAAUCCAAAGCACAAGGAUAGUUUCGAUUACUUGUGACAGAGAAAUUAUCACUGGUGGGCAUGUGGAUAACAGCAUAAGGCUGGUUUCAGCUGAUGGAGCAAGAACAUUGGAAAUGGCUAGAGGACAUUAUGCCCCAGUAACGUGCUUGGCUAUGUCUCAUGAUAGCAACUAUCUUGUGUCCGGAUCUCGGGAUGCAACAGUUCUACUAUGGAGAAUACAUCGGUCAACAAUUUCACACUCUGGCAGCUUGCCAGAGCUUUCAGGUAAUCCUAGCACACCUAGAUCCCCAAGCAGUGCAAGGAGAUCUAACUUGGCAGACAAGUCUACGAGACACCGGAUAGAGGGUCCCAUACAUGUCCUUCGAGGUCAUCUAGGGGAAAUAGCAUGCUGCUCCGUCAGUUCAGAUCUUGGGAUUGUUGCUUCCUGCUCCAAUUCUUCUGAUAUCUUGAUUCAUUCUAUAAGGCAAGGUCGGCUGCUUAGAAGGCUUCCUGGCAUAGAUGCUCAUUCUGUGUGCCUAUCAUCUGAUGGAAUCAUAAUAACCUGGAACAAGAAUCUGUGUAAUAUCAGCACUUACACUCUUAAUGGAGUUCUGGUUGCUACGAAACAACUUCCAGUUUCAUCAAUAGUUACUUGCAUAGAGGUCUCUAUUGAUGGUCGUAGUGCUUUGGUUGGACUAAACCCUUCUCUGGAAAAUGAUGGAGGCUCUGAGUACAGUCCGCGGCUAAAUGCAGAUCAUGAAUCAAAUGAAGGAAAUAGACGGGAGCUACCUUCUAUCUGCUUCUUUGAUCUCUACACUUUGAAGAUCUUUCAUAAGCUAGAACUUGCAGAAGGACAAGAUAUUAUCUGUAUUGCUCUGAACCAGGAUAAUACAAAUCUGUUGGUUUCUACAGUAGAUAAACAGUUGAUAAUAUUCACAGAUCCUUCUUUGAGUUUGAAAGUUGUCGAUCAUAUGCUCAAACUGGGUUGGGAAGGUGACGGAUUAUCUCCCUUUAUGAAGUAAAAUGUCUAAGCUGAUCGAUAUUACCUUUGGGAAGACUUGAUAUGCCAUCAAUGGGUGGCUGGUGCUCCCCAUCGAGACAUGAAAGGGACCUCUAUACCACGUGGUGAAGUCGUUCGAUGUUUCUUAAAUAGUUGUACUUGUAAUACCACCAAGUUGGCAAGUUUUGUUGCAUGAAAGGCCUCAUAUGGAUUUCUUCAUGAUGUAUAUCUUUGCCCUUUUUACCGAUAUUAUUGUGUACAAAAGAGUGUAUUUUUUGUCUCUCACUAUAUAAUUGUUGUGUAAAGAAUUUUGUGUUCCGUUGAGGCCGCUCUUGCCACUAAAUAUGUAUAAACAAGUCAGGAUAUUGUAUUUUACUAUAAGAGCAAUGUAAAUUUCUGCGGAUUCUUUUUCGUAA